AUGGGCCUCGCGAUGGUGGCAGAUGCUUUCUCCUCGUGUGACUGGCAAUGCCUAAAUCGCUCCACAAAUGUUAAUGUGUCUAUUCUUGGUGGUACUCUCCAAGCUUUGCAGGCGCCGUCUCCCUCACGAAGGCAGGAUGGCUUCUUAUGGGGUUCGGAAGGUAGCACAAGCCCUCUGUUUUCAACAAAAAUUACCUGGAAUCUGAUCAGAGCGCGAGCGGAAGUGGAAGACUGGGUUAAAGCUGUUUGGUUUAAAGGUAUGGUCCCAAAACAUACCUUUAACUUCUGGACUCCCGUUAAAGGUGAGGCUUGUUCAUUGGGUUCUCAACAUUCAACCCGUUAUGUCAUCUCUGUUCUAUGCAAGAUGAAGACAGAGAGCACUUGUUCAUACACUGCAAAUUCUCCUCUGAAGUAUGGUCUUUACUUCUGA